ACAUGUUCUUCUCUUCUUGUCUUAAAAUUUUUUGCUUGAAGAAACAUUGAAAUGUUCAAAGUUUUUUUUUUCACCUUUAUUAAAUUAGAAUGAUAGUAAAAAAUUUAGUACUUUUAAUAUUCUUGAUUGGUGAAGAAGAGAGGAUUAGAAGAAGAAGAAAAUGGCCUCUUCUCAAGUAGAAAUUGCCUCCUCUUCUCCAUUUGGUUAUGUCCUUAAUAGAAUUAUUGCUAGAGAUUCAAAUUCUUUUCAAGAAAAUUUCAAGAAUUUGGUCCAAAACCAUGCAGAUUUAUUUGUACACAAAACAACAUGUGACAAGAAUGAGAAUAAUAGUCCAAAGAAGAGAAGUAAAGCUGCUGAAAAAUGGGAUAAAGCUAGAAAUAUGGUAUUUUCAAUGGACAAAGAGAAGAAUAAAGAAAGUUGUGUUGAUGUUCCAAAUCUUGGAGGUGUUUCUUCCCUUGUGAGAAAAUGGAAAGAUUUUGCAAAUAAUUCUGAAAAUUCUAUGUUUUUGGAGUCCCCACAUAAAGGAUUUGAUGAAAGUGAUGAAUCUUGCAUUGUGAAAAAUGAUUCAUUUGGUGGUUGGGAAUCCGAAAAAACCGACAACAUUGAUUCAAAUUCUGUUCAGGGUACUAAAGAUUCUGAUAUUACAGAAAGUGAGAGGUUGAAAGUUUCAGAUAUUAUCAAGAAAUUGACGUAUAGUAAUGGCGAUGAAGGUCAGGCACGCGACUAUAAUGGUAAUGUUGUUGUGAAUGGUGGAUCGUUGCCUCGAGUUAGGACAACAUUGGAUGGUUCAGAACAACAACAAAGGUGUUGUUUUUCACCUGUUGUGAAUUCGCCUCGUUUCAUCAGAGGGCGACAGGCGUUUAGUGAUUUGCUAUUGCAAAUGGAGCGCGAUAGACAUAGGGAAAUUCAAAGUCUUGUGGAACGUAAAGCAGUUUCUAAGUUCCAACAAAGAGGCCGCAUUCAGGCUUUGCUUCGAGUUAGACUCAUACGACGUGGUGCAGAAGUCAGAGAUGACCGAUCAGUGAAUUGCUCAGCGUCUGAAUCAAAUAGACUGACACAUUCUGCAAUUAUGCAUCUCAGGGAAAAGUUCAAUACAGUAGGACAACAUCGUCUUGCUGACUCAAGAAACAACUCAAGGGAAGUGGUAGAAAGUGGUGGUGAACUGGGUCGUAGCAACUCCGCGAAAGAAAGAAGUGGAUUUUCAACACAUCAACAGAGAGAAGAGUAUCCGCGCAAGGGGCUGGUUAAGGAGAGUUCAGGACUGCAGCCCGGUGUAGCUAACUCAAGAAGUAUCCCUAUAACAUUAGGAGAUACAACUAAAGAGGUGGUAGAUAACAUCCUAAAAGUUGGAAAUUUUUGUUCAUCCAAUCAACCACGCGAGGAGAAUCAGCUAUCCAAGCAAACAAGCCCCAAAAAGAUAGAAACCAGGAUACACGUUACCAACUCAUCCAAACCCCGGAAAGAGAUGGCGUUUAGUGCUACAAACUCAGUAUUUUCUUGUGGAUUGAAUCAACAUGAUAUGGACCUUAACAAACGAGAAGUUAGCAUCAGCUUACUGAGCGCUAAUCCUCAAAGCGACUGGGAAGAGGAAACCACGAGCCAACACCUAGUUGAAAGCGACAGUGGUUGGGUAAGUGAUUACUCCCACACAGCUAGUGGAUGGGAUGAAAUACAGUCUGCUUAUCAGCAGCAAGUAGAAGGCAAUGAAGACUGGAUAAGCAAUGUCUCUCGUCCACGUAGAGAAUGGGAAGGCCUCAGGCACGAAAGAUACCAAGAGAUGCUUGAUCGAUUCAUAGAAAAUCAUGACAUACAGCAACUUCUUCACAGAAAAAGUGUUUCGAAUUUUCUUACCAGUGGUUUGAGGGAAAAAAUAGAUCGAAUAAUGGCGUCUCGCUCACAACAACUACCAAAUGCAAUGAGAAUCAGCCAUGAUGAGGAAGAAGAAUUACCAACACAAGUGGAUGAAGAAGAGGAAGAGGACGUGGUAUUACGACAUAAUGCAAGAAAAGAGGAUGUUGAGGUAGAAGAAGAACAAGACUCAGGUUAUGACGAUGAAGAUGAAGUAUUAAUUGAUGACAACACAUCAUCAUGGAGCCUAAAUCAAGUCCAGGAAGUAACUGAUGACUCUUACCACUUCCCAUCUCCUUCUUCACUACAAUCUCAAUCAUCUAGUAUUUGCUCCCAACGCAUUAAACCGUGCUCUUCUUCUUCAAGAAAUUCUUCAACUGAAAUGGAACUCAUUUAUGAAUUGAGAGGACAUAUGGAGAAACUCCAUCAAGAGAUUUUUGAAAUACGGAGAUCUAUGAAGAGUUGCAUGAACAUGCAAAUGAAAUUACAACGUUCGAUUAAGCAGGACGUUACAGCUGCAAUUGGCCAGUUAGGUCAAAAGAACAAGGGGAAUUCAGAUAACAAGGUUCCAAACAAAGGAAAUUGUUGUAUUUGCUGUGAGGAGCCUGUUGAUUCUCUUCUUUACAGAUGUGGGCAUAUGUGCACCUGUUUCAAGUGUGCACAUGAAUUGCUUAGGGGUACAGGAAAAUGUCCAAUAUGCCGAGAUCCAAUAAUGGAUGUUGUGCGUGCAUAUGCUCAUUCAUGACAUACGGGUGAAGACAACAACAAUAACGAUGCCUCAAUCCUAAGUAAGUUGGAGUCAGCUACAUGAAUCACCACUAUUCAUGUCGCUCCAUUCAAGGUCAUCCCAGUCCAACACAUAUAUUAUAUAACACGUGACUAGAUGAGCACGUCCAAUGUAUUAUGUUGAGGAACAAUCAUAUGACUAGUUUAUGAUGAUUGUCAACCUACUGCACCCUUCUCAUUUGUCCGGAUGCGGGACUAGCAAUAUGAGCAAGCUCAAGACGGAGUGUUCUAGGGCUGCUCGACACCUUUUUUGUGGAAGGAUGAACAAAAGGGUGAUUUUAUUUUUCUUUCUUUUAUUUUUUCUUCUUAGGUAGGGAUCUUUUCUGGCUAAUUUACUAUAAGCAGGUUUAGCUUGAUUGAUAGAGUCAGUCUCCACCGGUUCCAUUAAUCAUCCUUUGUACAGGACAGGAAAAAGGAAAUGAAGUUCCUUAUGUGAUAAUAGAAAUGUGUCUUUCAUGUUUCUUUAUACAGUCAAACCUCUCUAUAACAACCUCGUUUGUUCAAAAUAUUUUUGGAUGUUAUAGCGAAGUGCUGUUAUAUAGAACAUAUAUUAUAACAUAACAUGAAAAUUGGUUCCGGAAAAGCUUGACUUCUAUAGUGAAGUAUUGUUAUAUAAGGAUGUUGUUAUAGAGAGGUCUGAAUGUAUAUGUAUUUGCAAUGCUUAAAGCCACUUGUAGAUUCUUUGCAGCGCAAACAAUCUCCAACAAGACUAGCACAUUGUAGCUACGUAUGGCGCUGCGGAUGUUCUCCAAAGCACUCGUCAACUUGUUGAAAUCCAAAGUUAGAUUAGAGAUCCUGGUUGCUUAAUUUUUGGGACUAGUUUGUACUGGUAAACUUGUAAAGAAAAUCUUUGUAAUCA